GGUUGGAUUCUGGCGCCAACCCGACCAGGAUGAGGCUAAGGAGUAGUUAAGUACUGGCCGAUCCAGUCGUGAGCGUAGUCAGAUCCCUGCCAUGCAUAAAAAGCACUGUGCUUUGGUUCUUUUGGAUUUGGGAUUUGGGAUUUUCAUCCAAGGGAAAGGAAUCUGCGGAAGAAGCACGCGCGACGAGCAACAGCAACAGUCAGGUAACUAUAGCAGCGGAACUAUGAUCCCCAGUAGAUGCACCUGCAGAAUUGGCGCAGGACUGUCUGUCUGGAAGGGAUCACCAUCAUCUGGGUCUAUUCUUGUCUGUCACUUUGGAGAGGGUUCAUGUUCCGCAUUGCCUCAGAAAAGGAGGGGCGUGAGAAUAGUUGUUUGAAUUGUUUGAUACCCAGCUUGAAGGUUCUCAUGGUGGUCUGAACCUU